AGGCACACAACUAGUCCAGAGCCUAGAGAAGGUCUGUCCCCUAUUGCUGUCCCAUCUAGGUCUUAUUUCCUUCAUGUGGCCCUUCUGGCCUAGAUAGUAUCUCUAAUCUUGUGUGUUCCUGUCUAGCCCCAGAGCCCAAGGUGGUGUUUGCUAAGGAACAGCCGGCAAUGAGUGAAGUCAAGGUUGAAGCAGGGGACAGUGCUACACUGACUUGUAAGUUGGCCCAGGCUCAGACACAGGUGACGUGGUACAAGGAUGGGAAGAAGCUGAGCUCAAGCUCAAAAGUGCGUGUGGAGGCCUCAGGCUCCACUCGGCGACUGGUGGUGCAGCAGGCAGGCAAGGAAGAUGCUGGAGAAUACAGCUGCGAAGCUGGAGGCCAGAAGAUAUCCUUCCACCUGAACAUCUCAGAACCCAAGGUGGUGUUUGCCAAGGAGCAGUCUGCAAGGAGUGAGGUGAAGGCUGAGGCAGGAGCCAGUGCCACACUGAGCUGCAAGGUGGCCCAGGCCCAGACAGAGGUGACAUGGUACAAGGACGGGAAGAAGUUGAGUUCAAGCUCGAAAGUGCGCCUGGAAGCCUCAGGCUGCAUGCGUCAACUGGUGGUACAACAGGCGUGUAAGGCGGACGCAGGGGAGUAUUGCUGCGAGGCUGGGGACCAGAGGGUCUCCUUCCGCCUGCAUGUUGCAGGUCAGUUUUGGGACACUGAUCACUUCAUUUGGAGAUGAUGAAUGGCUAUACCC